AUGAGGAGUUAUUUGGGGAUAAAAGGGUUUCAUCUGCCGUGGUCGCGGAGGGACGACACGCAGAAUGAGUCCAGUCCGCUCAUACCAAAGACAGAUUCUGCAAAAGAAGAUGCUGAGGAGCAAACAGAUCCAAACAAUGGAGAGGACAACAACAGCCCUGUAUCAACAAGAGUCCGACCCCUCUACAGAUAUACGUUUGUGGACUACUUCCUAAAAUACUUCCUGUUCCUAUGCAAUCUGACGUUCACGAUUCUGGGCCUGGUGGUUCUUGGUCUGGGCAUGUGGGGCCUCAUCAGCAAAGAGUCGUUUGCUCAGGAGCAGAUCGGCAGUAUCGGCACCGACCCGAUGCUGAUACUCGUGUCUCUGGGCUUCGUGUUGACUCUGCUCUGCCUGUCGGGCUGUGUUGGCGCCCUACGUGAGAACUGCUCUUUACUGAAGCUGUUUUCCGCUGCGGUGCUGAUACUCAUCACUGCCCAGGUGCUGGCUGCCAUUUUGGCCUACAGCCUGCAAGACCAAGUCGGAGGCUACCUGCGGUCAGGGAUGCUGUCCGCCAUGGUGCGCUACCAGGAUGACCUGGACCUGAGGUUCAUCGUGGACGAGAUUCAGUCAAAUCUGCAGUGCUGCGGGGCAGAAAACUACCUUGACUGGGAGGUCAACAUAUAUUACAACUGCUCGUCUCCAGGGGUGCUGGCCUGCGGCGUCCCCGCGACGUGCUGCGUGGACCCUCUGGAGAACGGCACGGUGUGGAACUCUCAGUGUGGCGUCGGAGCCCAGCAGCUGGAUGAGUUUACCGCUCAGAGCGUGAUCUUCCUGGGCGGCUGUCUCGGGGGAAUCUCUCGCUGGAUCGAGCAGCACGAGGGCCUGAUAGGAACGGUCGCAGUUGUUGUGCUGGGGGUCCAGAUUCUGACUCUGUUUAUUUCCACACGACUGCUUGAAAGCAUCCAGUGGCAUAAAGCUUACAUGUAACGCAAGGCGAUGAAUAUACUGUGUGUUGAUAUUUAUUACGUGCUGAAUGCUUCUGGGCCGCCACUUUGUAAACAAACUGUAAAGAGCGACCAAACAAGGAACACAAUUGUUCAUUCACCCUGACUGCAAAGAACUCGGACGACUGCGCCUGCUCUGUAAGUUGAAAUGAAAAAUAACUUAAAGUUCUGUGAACGCAUAACAAAUUCCAGCAUUAAACAUCAA